AUUACGAACAAGGUUCCUGAUUCAUCCCAGUGUUAGUGUACCCAUGUUUAUUUGUAGUCAUCAUAAAUAUCGACGAGGCAAUAAUCCAAUCGAAUCAUGGAAGAUAUAGCAUUGCGUGAAUACUCCAACAACUUGACCCGAUUUCGAGAAAACUUAGAUUUGAGUUUAGAUACAGUGUUUUCUCACCCAAAUUUUGAGCAGCCAGUUACCGAACAGCCGCAGCCAAUAAUAGGCAGAGACUUUACUGGAACAAGAAGACCUAUACCAGUUGCAGUGAUCGAUCGAAACAUCACAAGAACUUUCUCACCUUUGUCUGGUCUGGAUUUUUUAGAUGAUGUCAACCAGUUGAUCAUCCAACAAAACAUAGAAUUAGCUGACUUAAUGGAAAAUAGGUCUUCUGGUAACAGAUAUGCUGUGAAAGUCCCAAGAGGAGACACAAUAUACUAUGCCACAGAAAGCUCAGGCAGAUUCCAAAAAUCAUGUUGUGGAUCUGGAAGGAGUUUCAGUAUGAGGUUAUAUGAUAAAUCACAACAAGAAGCCCUUAUUUUUGACAGACGCCUGGCUUGUGGUAGUUGCACAUUUUGGUGUUAUUUACAGAGGAUGCAGAUUUGGUUACCAUCUGGAGAACUAGUAGGAGCUGUUUUUCAAAAAACCUCUUUUAGAAUGAAAUCACUUUUCAAUGUCUACAACACACAUGAUGAACUGAUUUACAGGAUAGAAGGCCCAAGUUCUUUUGGAUGUUUGAUUGGUAAAGCAGAUAACUUCCAGAUUUACAAUUUUGAUGGCUCCAUGCAAAUUGGUAGUAUCAUAUACCAGUGGGAUCAAAUUCAAGUGUCUUACAACAUAUUACUUCAAAUGCCAAGCAAUAUAAGGAAUAACAAGUAUAAAGCCCUAUUAUUGGGAGCUGCCUUUCUUCUGGAAUAUAUGUAUUUUGAAAGUUCCAAAAACAAGUCAAGGUGCCUGUGUUCAUGUUGAGUGAGUGAUACAGUGAGAAAAACUUUUAUUAUGGAUCAAUGAAAUGAAACUAUGUUUUCUUGUUUUAUUCAUGUAUUGUAAUUGCUUGUAGGACCAUAGCUACAAAUAAACUUUUAAAACUAUCAAAAUAUCAAGUUGAAAUAAGUUAACGUAAACAACAAAAAUGUACAGAGUUUAUAUAUAAAAUAUUGAUACUAAAUUACAUAAAAAUACAACAAACCCGGAUUAUAUAAAAAUUGAUUGAAUAUUUUUCCCAUGAAGGUUGAUCAAAAUAUCAUUUAGUUUUCUUUUAUUUACAUUAUUAAAUAAAUGUACAGGUAGGUGAAUGAAUACCAAAUGACCAAAACGUAAGAUUUUGAUUAUUAGCAAAUGGCGUUCUAUUUCCAUUAAAAUUCUUCAUGUAGCAUUUAUUGAAACAGGCAAAUUUGAAACAAAUAGAGGAUUCAUAGGUGAAAACAUUGCAUGUCUCAUGUUAGAGAAUUUAUGAAUGUUCAACCAAUGAUUUAGAUUCUCUUAUUGUAUUUUUCAAAAUGAAUCAGGGUGUGGCUGGUGAACUGGUAAUACCUCAUUUAAAAAAUACCAUUUUGGUCACUUUCUUUGAUCAAUUACUUCACUUAUACCGGGUGUAAAGUUGUUUAAAGCCGUUGGAGCUGAAUUGUAAAAUUAUAAAAUUAGAUAGGCAGGUAUUUAGUGAGUUACUUUUUCAGAUUUAUGAUAAAAUUGGAAAUAUUGAAAAGUCAAUAUAAUCCAGUUAAUUCAAAACAUGAUUCAUAAAUGUAGUAGUAAGUCUAUAAUGAGUUUGUGACUAUUUGGAAUGCGAUAUGAUUUCAAUUACAAAAAAUUCCAUGAAUUGUUUCACUUUUUGACAUGAUCCAAAUACCAGAGUUAUUUUGUACAAAUAAUAAUUUAAUAUUAUAAAUAAACGUUACAUCAAGGUAAUAUAAUACAACUAUCUUAUAAUUUAUAACAAACUGGACAGAAUGAUUCAAAAUGGACAGGAAAAGGUCUAGUAUUUUAUUCUGUUGACUGAAAGUGACAAUUGAAGAUUUUUAAAUGAUAAACAAUUAGGUAUUUUCUAGUUAUACCUUACCAUAGCCAUAGUGGUUGAAUCAUUUAUCAUUUACUUCAAUUUCAGUCAGUGGACGACUAAACCUCAAACUCGCUGAGCAAAUUAACCACAGAGACUAGAUCAUAUUGCGUUCUUUCAAAGAAAAAUUUUUGAUGGAAUGUUCCAGUGAUAAAAGUGCGAAAAACUGAAUUGAUGCAGCCAAUUUUCCACAUUAUCUUAGCUGCAAGUUCAUCUUGGAAUGUCAGUUCUCAUUAGUCCGUCAUAGAAGAGACGGGAAUCAUUGAUUGGUUCGGAUUUCACUAUUUUGGACCUUUAAUUUUGGAGUAGUGUUUGACAAAUUUCACAAAAACUCAUUUUAUAUAUCACCGCACCGAUUUCAAUGAACGAAAAAAAUCGAAAUAGAAUAAUUAUAAAUAUCACAGUUACUAGCACAUAACUGAGUUGUUAAGAAUACUGCAAAAUCAAUUCUCCUACAACCCAAACUUACUUAUUUUCAUUUCAUUGAACAGAUACCAUCUAAAAAUGUGGUUAUUGAAACAGUUUGAAGACAAUAACUAUAUGUGGAGUAGCACUCGAGGUUCAGAGCAAUUUGAGAAUUUGUCCACAAAUGAACUAUCAACGUAUCCUAUCUCCUAUUAAAUUCGUAAUAUUGCAGCUAAGUUUGUAGGCUGUAUCAGUAAGUUUUCAAGCCAAACUAAAAAAUGGGCGUCAAAUCGAAGUACUACUAUUGUGGCUAUUUUGUUAUUCUUAACACUACUGUUUUUUUGUUUUCUAGAGACACACAGAAUUAGAUAAAUACACUUGUCAUAAGCUACAUUUUCUCCUAAUACAGAUACAUAAUUUCUAUUUAUUCUGCACGCAAAAAAUAUGUAUUAAAAUUCACAUAGAACCAAAUUGCUCUGUGUACACUAAUUAUAUCACAGAAAGAAAUGCUUAAAGUAAAAAAAGAUAUUCGAUAGGGUAAACUGGACAACAUAAUUAUGUGCAAAUUUUUUCCCAUAUUUGCUCAUUGUUCUUUAAGAUUCGUUCCAUACUGACUGUUAAUCUUGUUGGGUAGUAUAUUGCCAAGUUUCCCUAUAGAUCUUCAGGGGUAAUCAUGUUUCAUGAGACUGAUCAUCUUCCCUGAUCUUCCUUUUUUCUUCAUCUUAUCGGUCAUUCUCAAGACUUACAUAACAACCUCUUCAAUCUGUACCAACUUUUAGGAGGUAGAUAUCUGGCUGAACUUAAGUGCUUGCGUAACAGAGCGAAAAUAUAACGUGUAUAUAAUUAAUAAUCAUGAUUCCAUAAGGUUACAAUGAGAGAACGGGUAAAAAAUUAUAUCUUCUCGUCAAAAAAAUAAUCUGAGUCUCAUUGUAACUUUGAUAACAUGAAGGCAUUGAGGUGUGGAAGAUUGCAAUAAAAUAAUUUGACAGAAACAAGCGGAGUGCUCGCCUUUUUUUUUGGAAGUGCAAUUAACUGAGAAUACGUGAUAUUUUUGUUUAUACGAAAAUGGCAAGGAUGAUUAACUAUGCCAUGUAUUGAUGGACGGCACAUUAUACAAUUUGUGACGCAAACACGGCUAAUGGCAAUAGGUAGGGUGGACUUGGGACUAAUGGGGGUGGAUGGUCGAUGUUCUUUUUUGGUUCUAUUUGGCCUUAGAACUCGUUCGGUUGCCCACUGUGUUCAAACCGUUUCCACGUGAUCGAGAUCUUGACAAUGUAU